GGUGAUAUUAGGUUAUUGUUUUCCACUUGGUUAGUGUGUAGUUAGUGUUUGUUGUGGGAUACUAUAAACAAAAGAUAAUGACUGAAAGACGUGGACCUCAGUACUACACUGAUGAGGAACUGCUGGAAAUAUUGAUGAAUAGUGAUGAAGAAACAUCAGACAUAGAUGAAAAUGAGGUGCCUACCAGUAAUGAGGACGAGGUAGAUGAAACGGAGAGCGAUUUGGAAGGAUCUAAUUCCAAUAUUCAGGAAUUUGAGGGAAAUCUUGGUAAAGGAGCGAAUAUAGUUUUAACUCUCAUAGAACCAUACAUGUACAAGGGGCAUAAUAUAUUUCUGGACAAUUGGUAUUCAAGUCCAACCCUUUUUCGGGUACUUCAUCAACAUGAAAUAAAUGCAUGUGGGACUGUUAGAGCAAAUAGAUCUCACAUGCCUCCACUAAAAAAAAAACUAAAUAGUGGUGAAUUACAACAUGCGUCGACGGAUACGUUGUUAGCAUUGAAAUGGAAGGAUAAACGGGAUGUUAUGAUGCUGACGACAUUUCAUACAGCAGAUGUUGUUCCUGUUCAAAACAAACGUGGAAUUGAAGCCACGAAACCCGUGUGUAUUUUAGAAUACAAUAAAAAUAUGGGAGCAGUCGAUCGAUGCGAUAUGCUUUAUAGCUCAACAGAAACAAUUCGCAAAUCCAUAAAAUGUUACAAAAAAAUAUUCUUCCACUUACUGGAUAUAUCAAUACUAAAUGCGCAUGCCUUGUACCAACUAAAGACUGGAAAGAAGUUGCCCCUAAUAGAUUUUCAAUUGCAAUUGGUAAAGCAACUAUUAGAUGAACACAAAAAAGCUCAUCCUCGGCUUGUAGCAGGGAGAGCAAAUGAAGAUUUUUCAUUACGUCUAACAGAAAGGCAUUUUCCAUCACUAACAGAACAGCGCAAUGAACAAAAUAAACUUGUACCUAGACGUUGUGUGGUGUGUUCUAAGCGACGAAAGCGUAGGGAAACAACUUAUAGAUGUUUGAAAUGUGAUGUAGCUCUUUGCGUGGUGCCAUGUUUUGAACAUUAUCAUACUUUGAAAAAAAUUUAG